CCUUCCUUAAAAUUUGCGAAAAACGAAACGCAUUGAAAUGUUUAUACACAAAUGUCAUAUUUUCACGUUAGGUUAUUUAGUGUUAUCGAAAUCGUGUUUUCUAUACAAAUCUGUAAUGAGUUAAAAGAUUAAGACUUGCUGUUAAUCUAAAACAAACUGUGAUAUGUAUAUCGAGGCUUUUCUUGCUGGAAUAUGGGCAUCAGUAGGAAGUACUAGAAAGUUAUCUGGCAGUGCAUCGCUUGUUGGCGAUGGCUACGUGAUAUGGGCUGGUCUGCUUGUAACCAUGGUGUUAGUAAACACGUGGGGUUGUCGACACUACCUGCGUUCACUAGACGCAGCGCCGAACUCCGUCGUACCUACGGUCAUUUCGGCAGCUUCUAGUUACGUUUUAUCUGGAAUCAUCGGCAUCACGUUAUUUGAAGAAACUUCGACGAUACGCUGGUGGUGUGGCGCUAUGCUUAUCAUCGCAGGUCUUGGCCUAGUUGCCAGGCCGCGAAACAAACAUAAAACGCAAUAAAAUACCGAGCACAUUGUUUUACCCGGAUUAACUGAGAUGUUACGUGGAAGAAUAGCUUUAGGAAUAAGUAAGUAAAUGUUGCGAAGUAUAAAAGAAAUGUUGAGAUAUUUGAAGGUGCGCACCUCUAAUUGUAUUUAAAA